CAUGGCAAGAAUAUGGUUGUUUUUCCUCCCCAGCCUUGCAGCCGUCUGUGCCACGCAUGGAAUAUUUAUGGACAGACUUGCUUCCAAGAAACUCUGUGCAGAUGACGAGUGCGUGUAUACUAUUUCUCUGGCUAGAGCUGAAGAAGAUUACAAUGCUCCGGACUGUAGAUUCAUUAAUGUGAAAAAAGGACAGCAGAUCUAUGUUUAUUCAAAGCUGGUAAAAGAAAACGAAGCUGGAGAAUUUUGGGCUGGCAGUGUGUAUGGUGAUCACCAGGAUGAGAUGGGAAUCGUGGGUUAUUUCCCCAGCAACUUGGUCAAGGAGCAACGUGUGUACCGAGAAGCCACCAAGGAAGUUCCCACCACGGAUAUUGACUUCUUCUGUGAGUAA